AUGCAUUGCGGCACUGGAAAUCACGACUACCCAGAGUGGAAGAUUAGGGGAGGCCCACUUAGCAGAACGCGCCAUUACCCUCCGGGGGCUACAGACUUCAACGAUUUCAUCCAGCUUGACGACUUCGCGGGAUCAGAUGUUGGAUCCACUGUUGUAUUCGAGAUCCAUGACGGAUACUUCUACGCCCUCUCUAACCAGACCACGUUCGAAGCGGAAGAGGUCGACUGGACGUCCUUCUAUCACUGCGUUCGCUUCCCCCUGGACCGCCCAGAAAGUCAGGCGGCUGAAACUAAUAAAGAGAUAUUCCGGCGGCAGCACGCAGAGGGACCUAUCAACGACUCUUGGACUGACUUGAGUCUUCAAGCCGAUGAGCGAACCAACGACUUAAUGAUUGUUGAAGCGCGUCGGGAAUGGCGAGAUGGGGGCAGCGAGCAGCAUCGGACAUUUUACACACGGUCAAUCGAAUUCUCAUCACCCUCUCCGAGGCCCCUCUACCCGGACGACCCACUCGUGUGCACCAUUGACAGUCGCAACCAUCCCAAUUGGAUGCCUUCGGAAGAAAGACGUCCUCGAAACGUGCAUCCAGAAUAUGGAGAGCGUACGGCACCGAGCUAUGGGCUUGCCGGCGAUUCAGCACCGUCCUUCAUGCUCUCGAAGACCAAGCUCCGCGCUUACAACCGCUCGUGCAGUGCAUUUCUGGACCUCGUGGAAGACAACUCGUGUUGUCCAUCCAGCGCUCUUUCGUGCUUGCGUUUGCGCGUAGGCUCCAGAAGAGUCGCGCCUUUGCAGCCCUUGACUGAAUCUGAAGUCAAGAAAGGCAAACAGGCGGUUCGAUCCGAGAACAUGGAACUGAUGGAAAGAUUCGCAGCUGAUCCCGAAGACCGCUUCGUCCACUUGCCAGUAACGAUGUGGCCAUCCAACUUGUCGGCAGCCGCAGAAACGGAGCGACUCCAUCGCAUUCUGAAUGCGCAUGCCUGUUCUGUACAAACGUACACGGGAAAUGCAGAAUUUAUUGGCGUGGUAGAUGAGCGGAGUCUCGUCUACAUGGCUCGUCCUGCUGGGUCGAAAUAUAAGCAGGAGCUCGCACCUAUUGUCUUUGUGAGCUUUGAUCCGGAUUCUGCGCUAUCCUUCGCUCGACGGCACGGAAGUGGGCUUGAAGCGGACUCUAAUAGCGGAAUGGGCUGCAGUUUUGCGUCUGACACUUCGGUAUGGUCACGUGAAUUCUAG